AUGUAUUCGCGUGAGAAGCUUGAGCGGCUACUCCGUCAAGCCAAAGUGACAACGCAGAGCAUUCAGAAGGUUUCACAAUGGAUGCUCACUCAUCGCCAAAAUCUUAGCGAGAUGGUGAAACUUUGGAGCGAUCUUAUCCGUGAGGGAGAGGCAGAGCACCAAAUUGUGUAUCUAUACGUGGCCAAUGAUGCAAUGCAGGUCGGCUUACGCAAGUUUGGACGCCACAUUACCACAGCAUUCGAAAAGGAACUUGUCGAAAUAUUCCAGUUGGUAAUGCAAGAUGGAAAGGAGAAGGUCAAGCGCUGCGCUAUUAAGAUAGUGGGUAUUUGGAAAGAGCGUGCGGUUAUUUCGCCGCCUUUGCUGGCUAUGCUAGAAAGUGUGUGUGCCGGCAGCCCCCCAGUGGAAGAUGCUUCUGAGUCCGACGAGAAGCUAGAAGAGAGUAAGGCUAAAGUUUUGCUGGAGAUGACAGCUGAUGCAUCGAUUGAUCACGUGCUAGAGGACAUGCCUGAGCUGGAGUCGAGCAUCAGUGUGUUCCAUCAUGCGUGCGGGGACGUAGACGAAACAGAAGAAGAUGACACUGUUUUGGACACCGGUGAACACAUAAAUAGUUUUCCUUCUGCAGGAGGCAUCGUCUGGAGCAAAAUGGAUCAACAGGUUUACGAUUUAGACCUCGAUAAUAGUCGCGGACAUGUCGAGCAAUAUCGGAUCAACCUUACAAAUCAGGCAACAAAGCGUGAAGUGCUGAUAGAAACGCUCAAAAACUUACAGGCGAGGGAUUCGCUUUCAAUAUCUCCAUCGUCCACAACGCUUGAGGAGGCGGAUCAGCAGGAACGAGCUCUCGAGAAACUCUAUGCAUCUGCUUGUGAAGCUGAGUCAUUGGAGCUUAAGCAGCUGGAAGAACAACGUGCUGAAUUUCGUGCGAGACAAGAGUUAUUGGCUGCGUCCGCAAUGGAUCCGUUGUUUUCUGGAUACCAGCCGCACAAAGAUUUCUACUCUUCCAAUUCCGCGACAUUGCUGGUCCAUGGACAAAGGGACGGUGGGAAAAUCCUUCAGGGCCAUCGCUUAUCUUAUCGCGAGUAUGAUCAAACCCAGCAGCCUUCGCUCCGCCGCCACAGUAGUGCAUUGGUUGUUACACAUCGUGACGGAAUGCGAGAUCGGUACAAUGACUACCGGGACAGUAAACGCAAUGAAAGCGACCAAAAUUAA